UUUGGGGGUUUUUUUUGUGAGCUUUCUCGGUGGGUCUUUAUCUGUAGGUUUACUUAUCAACUGUCCUGACUGUUUUUGUUACACUCUGUAAAUGAGUAUAUUGUUUUUCUCAGUGUGUGUGUCUGUGUGUGUGUGUGUGAGAGAGAGAGAGAGAGAGAGAGAUGGCACUAGCUGGGGUGCGUGUGAUUGAAUUAGCCGGACUUGCCCCGGCACCGUUCUGUGGAAUGAUCCUGUCUGAUUUCGGGGCCCGAGUGAUCCGUGUAGAUCGGACAAAGGUCACCAUGGCGAUGGAUGCACAAGCAAGAGGCAAACAGUCCGUGGCCUUGAACCUGAAGAGUCCACAGGGCGUGGCCGUGCUGAAAAAACUGUGCCUUCAGUCAGAUAUAGUUCUUGAACCCUUCCGGAAAGGGGUGAUGGAAAAGUUGGGCUUGGGUCCUGAAGAGCUGCUGAAGGAAAAUCCUCGCCUUAUUUAUGCUCGACUCACAGGAUAUGGCCAGAGCGGCUCCUACGCCAAAUCUGCAGGGCACGAUAUUAACUACCUGGCCAUGUCCGGACUGCUGUCUAUGUUGGGCCGCAGCUCGGAGAAACCCUAUGCCCCGCUGAACCUGGUGGCUGACUUUGCAGGAGGAGGCCUGAUGUGUGCUUUAGGGAUCGUUCUGGCUUUGCUGGAGAGGAACAAGUCAGGCCAGGGCCAAAUCAUAGAUGCCAGCAUGGUGGAGGGAGCAGCGUAUGUGGGUUCCUUCAUGUGGAAGUCUCGCAGUCUUGGUCUGUGGAACCGGCCUCGUGGGGAGAACAUGCUGGACAGUGGUGCUCCGUUCUACGACACGUAUCAGACCUCUGAUGGGAAGCACAUGGCUGUAGGGGCCAUCGAACCUCAGUUCUAUGAUCACCUGAUCAAAGGCCUUGGAUUGGAUGCUGCCUCCCUCCCGGCGCAGAUGAGCAUCUCUGAUUGGACGGAGCUUAGGCGGACAUUCACCCAGGUGUUCGCACAGAAGACGCAGGCAGAAUGGAGCAGGAUCUUUGAUGGAACAGAUGCCUGCGUGACCCCAGUUCUACCUCUGGAUGAAGCCGGGUCACAUCCCCACAAUCGAGAGAGGGGCUCGUUUCUGAAGGACGCUCAGGGCGAGGUCAGUCCUCGUCCGGCACCCGUCCUGUCUCGCACUCCGGCUCGGCCGUGUCUCUCUCGUGACCCUGUUGUGGGUGAACACACUCGAUCUGUGCUGGGGGAGUACGGCUUUGAUCCAGAUCAUAUCGAGCAGCUGCUGUCAGCUGGUGUGGUGGAGUGCAAUGAAGCCAAAGCACGUCUGUAAGAUGAUGAUGCAGCAGCAUCAGUGGUGAAUCACUCAUUACACACACACAAAAA